AUGGCGUCGAAAUAUGGUCCGAGGUUAAUACCCAGUGAACCUUGGCUGCCGGACGCCAAACUAGAAGGCGAAACAGAAUCAAAUUGGAUUCUCGAAAGGGUCGAAAAACAAAAUGAAUACCCUCCGAUUUUCGCGAAAAAUUCCUGGACCAAAGGGGUGCUUGCUAAAGAUACACAAAUGUAUUAUAAACCCUCUGAAACUAUCGGUUCGAAUUUCACCCCGGCUGCACAGGAAUUGCGAAUUCAAGAUUUACCGAGAAAGAAAAAAAAGGCCAGCGCUAGUCCUUUGGGAGAAGACGGGAAAUUGCGUUAUCCACCGAAAAAGUCACGUAAACAAAUCGCCGAAGAAGAAAAGUUGUUGGAACAAAAUGCCAAAAAACCCGAUUCGUCUGCUUUCGUGGACAUAAUAGAGCUUUUGACGGGCGAAUAUCACAGGAAGAAAGAAGAAGAACGGAAGAUAAAGAGGAAGGAAUUGAAAAUGAAGAAAAAAAUUGAUGCUUUGAAUAUGGAAGGGUUUUCUUAUGAAAAGGAAAGGGGAUCCCAAAACGGACAACUGAAAUUAUUGCAAGCCAUAUUACCGAAAAGUCCCGACGAACAGAAAAAAUAUUUAUACGAUGAGGCUGACAAAGAAAUGCACAAAUUUAUCAAAGAAAGAGAUAUUGAGAGAAUGUUAUAUUAUUUAACAGAGGGAAUAUCUCCAGAGCACGUUCCACCAUACGAUGAGGAGCUAAUUAAAUGUGCCAUGGCGAAAAUUCCAGAAAAAUAUAAGGCUUUGAAGGAAUAUAAAGGGCUAAUGCAAUCCGAUCGCAAGUCAUUGCGGAAAUACUUCUGCAUAUUUAUGCGAAAACAUCUGUUGCAGUACGUACUCAAAGACCCAGCUGAAUGGAAAAGGUUGAGAUUUCAGACGUUUCCCUCGGAUUUUCCCAUUAUGAUGGUAAGGGCUCCUGUACCAUGGCACUCGACGUAUUGCAUUAGUACUCAAUUGAUGGAAAAACAUUAUUAUAAUGGAAAUAUGAUUAUUCGAAAAAUUCGCGAUCUUUGGUGGGACAGGUAUGACAAUAUGCUUAUAGUUCCUCAAGAACGUUUGUUAAAUGCAGACGGUAAAUCUUUGGCUCCCGAUGAAUUGGAACAAAGAGUUACUGACAUAUGCGAUAGUGCCCGAAAUGUCAUUAUCAACGAAUGGUUACCAGCAUGCGCAGACAUUUUUUUAGAAUACAGGGAACAUUGGAAACAAUACAUUCCGAAAACGGCAUCGGAACCACCGAUUAUCGUUGAGAGAUUUUUUGAUUGCGUCAAUUUAUUAAUGUCCAUGCAACUGAGGUGGUUGGUCGAGAAGAGUCUUGACCAUUUUAAAAAUAUUUUCGUCAAAUUUAAGCACGGUAAUGAGUUCGAAGGCGAUUAUCAAGAUUUAACUUUGAUCAAUAUACCUUUAAUAACGUUAAUUGUCGAACCUAUUCUCGGAACAAAUCAAUUGAUUUUUACCCCAACGUUAGAAGAUAUUCAGUUGUUGUUACAAAAAUGUUUCGGGAAGAUUUUGGAAAUUAACAGAAGGGUGCCUAGGAUAGAAAUGAUAAUGUUUCCAGAAUUUGCGAAAUUAGAACGAUAUAUACAUCACGUACAUAGGUCGGAAGUACCAGUUUUAGAAAUUCAACGUGAAAUUGUUGACGCGUUCGUUCCGAAUGCCGUUGGUCCGCAGCAAUACCUCUCGGUGUACGAUAAAUAUUUGUACAUUUUAAAUGGAGCAGCCGAAAAGGAGUUGAACGAAAUUUUUGAUAUGGAGCCGUUACCGUUUCUAAAGGAUUUUGCCAAAAAAAUAAAAAGUUACGACGAAAUGAAAGUGGAGUUUAUCAAUUUAAGAAGAAUGAUUCCGAUGAAUCUGUUCAAUUUGGAUUGUUGUAAAUUAAACGAAACUUUAUAUGAUAUAAUAGAUGGACUUCGAAUGAAAAUUGUCAAUUACUUCAUUUUGGAAAUGAGGAACCUAAAUCGAAUGAUAUGCGACACCUUCGACGACAUGUCGAACAAAGUCAGCGGUAAUCCAGACAACGUAGCAGACAUUGUAGAACUGCAGGCGUACGUCAUAGAAUGCAGAGACGUUACUAUGUAUAACUUGAAAGAAAAAAUUAGAAAAACCGCCGAGUACGUUAUGUUCCUGAUGGAAUUCGCACACCUUUCUUACGACGACAUUAUGUUGAAUACACGCGUUUUCUUAUGGCCCAAAGACAUGGAAUUGGUCAUAGAAAUAGCGAUACAGAGAUUGAAUAUGAAACGGGAUCAAGCCGAAACGAAUCUGAAGAAUCGUCGGACGGCGUUCGAUAUUAAAUUGAAAAAACACGAAAAGAUGUUGGUGGCUUUCAAGAAGAAAGACCCGCCGAUAUUGACGAUGGAUGAAAUGGAAGAGAGCGUGGCUGAUGUGGAAAUUCUUGUCCAACGUUUGGCUGAAGAUAAAGCGGAAGCGGAACAAAUUAACGAAGAAGAACAAUUGCUCGAUAUGGAUCCUUCUCCUUUCAUGAAUUUACACAGGAUGUUGCAAAUAGUGGAGCCUUACGAUAAAUUAUGGCAUAGCGUUUACGAGUUUCAUAAAAAUUACGAUCUUUGGUAUUAUGGUCCGUUUUUGGGGCUCGACGCCGACGAGAUUACCGAUUAUACGGAGAAUUGCUGGAGGACUUUGUAUAAAUUAUCGAAAACGCUGAGUGAUAAUCCUGGAGCUAAACGUAUAGCCGAAAUGGUUCGAGCUAAAGUGGAAAAGUUCAAGCAAUUUCUGCCUGUUUUGCAGACUAUCUGUAAUAAAGGGUUACAGAAAAGGCAUUGGGAUAAGAUUAGUGAAAUAGUUGGAGUUCCUCUAGCCAUAACCGAAGAUUCAACUUUGAGCGAUAUGAUAGACGCCGGUUUGCCCAAAUUCGCCGCCCAACUCGAAGAAAUAAACGCCGGCGCUACUAAAGAACACGCCUUACAAAUAAAUCUAGCACGAAUGAAAGAAGAAUGGGAAGAUAUCAGAUUCGAAUUAACGCCUUAUAGAGAAACCGGCGUGAAUAUAUUAACAGCCGUCGAUGAUAUACAAGUCAUGAUGGACGAUCACAUACUCAAAGCUCAAACUAUGAGAGGUUCGCCGUACGUUAGAGCUUUCGAAGAGGAAAUGACCGCUUGGGAAGAGAAGCUGCUAUCCAUGCAGGAUAUAUUGGAGCAAUGGCUCAUGUGUCAAGCUACUUGGAUGUAUUUAGAACCGAUCUUCAGUUCGGAAGAUAUAAUGAGACAGAUGCCGACGGAGGCUAGAAAUUUCAAACUGGUUGAUAGAGUAUGGAGGGCGGUUCAAAAUAAUACGAACAAAGAUACCAGAGUGCUGGUCUGUACUGAUUAUAAAAACAUGUUGGCGCUCUUGAAGGAAAACAAUCGAUUGCUGGACGAGAUACAGAAAGGAUUGAACGAUUAUUUGGAGAAGAAGAGACUGUUCUUCCCUAGAUUCUUCUUUUUAUCCAACGACGAAUUAUUAGAAAUAUUAUCCGAAACUAAAGAUCCUCUAAGAGUUCAACCGCAUCUCAAGAAAUGUUUCGAAGGUAUCCACCAAUUGGAAUUUACGCGUGACGAAGAAGUCGUCGGAAUGAUAAGCGUUGAAAAGGAAAAAGUUCCGUUCAGCGAGAAGAUUAUUCCCGCUGAAGCGAAAGGGAUGGUAGAGAAAUGGCUGGUUCAAGUUCAAGCUGUCAUGAUACAAUCAUUGAAAGACGUCAUGCGGGAUUCUAUUAACAAUUAUCCAACAGUGGACAGACCGACGUGGAUAUUGAGUUGGCCCGGUCAGAUCGUACAAUGCGUGGAUUGUAUACAAUGGACGACGGAAGUUACCGACGCCAUUUUCGGCGGAGCCUUGGACGCUCAAGAGAAAUUGUGCACCCAUCAAAUAGAAAGGAGCGUCAAGAUGGUACAGGGGAAGUUGAAACCGAAUACGCAAGUAACAGUCGAAGCUCUUAUAGUUAUAGAUGUACAUGGUAGGGACAUUGUGAAAAGAUUGAAAGAAUUGAAAGUUGGAUCCAUAGCCGAUUUCAAUUGGAUAUCACAAUUGCGAUAUUACUGGAAAGAUAGGGCCGUAGGGGUGUGUAUGAUAACCACGGAGGUUAUGUACGGAUUCGAAUAUCUAGGAAAUACCGGAAGACUUGUUGCCACUCCUUUAACCGACAGGUGUUACAGAACUCUAAUGGGGGCGUUGAAAUUGAAUCUCGGAGGAGCUCCGGAAGGACCUGCCGGUACCGGGAAAACUGAAACUUGUAAAGAUCUGGCCAAAGCGGUGGCCAAAAAAUGCGUCGUUUUUAAUUGUUCCGAUGGAUUGGAUUACAAAGCUCUCGGAAAAUUUUUCAAAGGAUUGGCUCAAGCCGGAGCUUGGGCUUGCUUUGACGAAUUUAAUCGUAUAGAGUUGGAGGUGUUGUCAGUGGUAGCGCAACAAAUAUUGAGUAUACAGAUGGCGGUAGCUGCGAAAUUGACGAAAUUCGUUUUCGAAGGAACCGAAAUUACAUUGGAUCCGACUUGUACUGUUUUUAUUACGAUGAAUCCGGGUUAUGCCGGACGUCAAGAAUUACCCGAUAAUUUGAAAGUGUUAUUUAGAACCGUAGCAAUGAUGGUACCAGAUUACGCCAUGAUUGGAGCAAUAUCUUUAUACUCUUACGGAUUUGUACAAGCUCACAGUUUGGCCGAGAAAAUCGUCCACACGUACAAAUUAUGUUCGGAACAACUGUCCUCUCAAAAUCAUUACGAUUACGGAAUGAGAGCCGUUAAAUCGGUUUUGUUAGCAGCUGGUGCAUUAAAAAGAAGUUACCCCGACGUAUCCGAACCGCAAAUCGUAUUAAGGGCCAUAAUCGACGUCAAUCUACCGAAAUUUUUAGCUCAGGAUGUACCUUUAUUCGCUGGUAUAUAUUCCGAUCUAUUCCCCGAUAUUGAAAUACCAAAAUUCGAAAGAGCCGAACUCAUUGAAUGUUUGAUAGAAGAAAUUAAGAGAAGGAAUUUGCAACCUACGCCUUGGUUUGUAGAAAAAUGUAUGCAGAUUUACGAAAUGAUAUUAGUGAGGCACGGUUUGAUGAUAGUUGGAAGACCGAUGGGGGGAAAGACUUCCGCUUAUCAGAGUUUGGCUGGUGGUCUGGGUGCUUUGGCCAAUAAAAUAGGUGCAGCUUUAAUUGAGCACGAAGUAUUAUACAAAAUAAUUAAUCCUAAAGCUAUUUCUAUGGGUCAAUUAUAUGGUCAGUUCGAUCCGGCGUCCCACGAGUGGUCAGAUGGAGUAUUAGCUACCACGUUUAGGGAUUACGCUAAUAGUACCACAAGUGACAGGAAAUGGAUUUUAUUCGACGGUCCCGUCGACGCUGUCUGGAUAGAAAACAUGAAUACCGUCCUGGAUGAUAAUAAAAAACUUUGUUUAAUGUCGGGAGAAAUUAUUCAGAUGUCACCACAAAUGAACUUAAUUUUCGAACCUGCCGAUUUAGAACAAGCCUCCCCGGCAACGGUAUCGAGAUGCGGAAUGAUUUACAUGGAACCGGCCCUACUUGGUUGGAAACCUUUCAUGGAUUCUUACAUGAAUACGUUAGCGAAAUUUCUCCUAGUGGAACAACAAGAAUUAUUAGUAGAAUGUAUGGAAUGGUUGGUUCCAACGAUGUUAAAACAAAUCAACAAAUCCAAGAAAUUCGUCGAAACAUCCGAUAUUCAUCUAUUCUACUCUUUCACGAGGUUAUUUACUUGUUCCAUUCGCGAAGAAAACCAAGUAAGCACGGUGUGGUUACAAUGUACUUUAAUAUUUUGCUUGUUAUGGGGUUUGGGAUCGACGUUAACGUCGGAGGGAAGACAGAAUUUCGAUACUUUUUAUAGGAAAUUAUUGAACGGUGACAAUCGAAAGCAUCCGAAACCGAAAUCUUUCAAAUUAACGAAAAGUCAAGUUUUUCCCGAUCGCGCCAACGUCUUCGAUUGGGUGUAUGAUAAAAAAAAUAACGGGACGUGGAUCAAUUGGACUGAUACAGUCGAAAAAGUUGAUAAAAUUCCCCCAACAGCUAAGGCUACUGAGUUGAUUAUACAAACGACUGAAUCUUGUUGUCAGAGAUUUUUCUUGAAAAUGUGCCUGGAUAACAAAAUACCGAUUCUGUUUGUCGGACCUACUGGUACCGGUAAAUCCGCCGUGAUAAUUGAUCAUAUGUUGAAUUUACCCAAAGAAAAAUAUUUACCUAACAUAGUCAACUUCAGCGCAAGAACGUCUUCGAGUUUGACUCAGGAAAUGGUAAUGUCGAAGCUAGAUAAAAGAAGAAGAGGAGUAUUUGGUCCUUCGAUGGGUAAACAGUGCAUCCUUUUCGUCGACGACGUAGGCAUGCCUCAGAAGGAAGUUUGGGGCGCGCAACCAGCCGUCGAGCUGCUACGUCAAUUUAUUGAUCACGGACAUUGGUUCGAAAAAGAUACUUCGAUGCUUUUUUUGGUCGAUAUAUUAUUUAUCGGCGCUAUGGGAGUUCCUGGAGGCGGAAGAAACGAAAUCAGCGACAGAUUUUUGAGGCACAUGCAAAUCAUAACCAUAGAUUCUUUCGACGAUCAAACUUUAAGUAAAAUAUUUACGACGAUAUUAGAUUGGAAUUUUUCUAAAGGAUACGUCGAACCCGUAGCCAGAUUAUCCAAGUUUUGUUGCGCCGCCACAUCCGAAGUAUACAAGGCGGCGAUAGAACAUUUCCUACCGACUCCUGCUAAAUCCCAUUACACCUUUUCGUUGAGAGAUUUUUCUAGAGUGAUAAACGGACUCCUCCUGACUCCCCCUCAACGUAUGGACGAUCCUGAUAAGUUCAUCAGAUUGUGGAUACACGAAACGUACAGGGUGUUCCACGAUAGACUGAUAGACGACGAUGAUAGGAUUAAACUUUUCGAAAUUGUGAAAGAAGGUUGUUAUCAGGGCUUUAGACAGAAAUUCGAAAAAGUUUGUGCGAGUUUAGUCCCCGAAGACGAAAAAAUAGGACCACAACAUCUAAGGAAUUUGUUCUACGGGAAUUAUAUGUAUCCGGACGCGGAUCCGAAAGUUUACGACGAGAUUACAGAUAUGGACGAUCUGAUUGAAAAAAUGGAAUAUUACUUAUCCGAAUACAAUGUCAUAUCUAAAACGCCGAUGAACCUCGUAAUGUUCAAAUUUGCCAUCGAACACGUUUCCAGAGUAUCGAGAGUGAUAACUCAACCGAACGGUAACGCCUUAUUGGUUGGCGUCGGUGGUUCGGGAAGACAUAGUUCCGCGAAAUUGGCCAGUUUUAUGGCCGAAUGUACUAUAUUCGAGAUCGAGUUAACGAGAACUUACGGUACUUCCGAAUGGAGAGAUGAUUUGAAGAAACUCCUGACGACCGCCGGAAUCGUCGGUAAACCGAUUUUGUUCCUAUUUGCCGAUACCCAAGUGGCAGAUGAGAGUUUCGUCGAAGACAUUAACACCAUUCUUAAUACCGGGGACGUACCGAAUCUAUACGCCCCAGAUGAAAAGGCUGAUAUUUUGGAAAAAAUGCAGGGGGUUCUCAAAGAGAGCGGUAGGAAAAUGGAGGCUACACCGCUUACGCUGUACAAUUUUUUCAUCGAAAGAAUAAGAAGAAAUCUUCACGUUGCACUCUGUCUAUCACCGAUAGGUGACUCUUUUCGAAAUCGUUGUCGGAUGUUUCCGUCUUUAAUUAAUUGCUGUACGAUCGAUUGGUUUCAAAAAUGGCCGGAUGAUGCUUUGGAAAGGGUAGCGCACAUGUUUCUUCACAAAACUAACAUAGGCGAUGAGAUGACGGAUAUUUGCGUGAAAAUUUGUGAACAUUUCCACAUUACCGUUCAGGAAGCUUCGGAUUUGUUCUACGCCGAACAGAAGAGGAAAACGUAUAUAACCGCAACUGCUUAUUUGGAGCUAAUUCAAACUUUCAUAUCGUUGUUCGCGCUGAAAGUCGAACAAAUUACCUUACAACAAAAAAGGUACGAGACGGGUUUGGAGAAAUUGGAUUUCGCAGCUGGUCAAGUCGGUUUGAUGCAGGACGAUCUGACGGCGUUGCAGCCGCAGCUGAUAGUAGCUUCCGCCAAAACGGAAAAGCUGAUGGUGAAAAUCGAACAGGAUACCGUUAUUGUGGAAAAACAAAAAGAGAUCGUAGCAGCCGAUGAAGCCGUUGCUAACGAAGCGGCCGCGGCAGCUCAAGCCAUAAAAGACGAUUGUGAAUCGGAUCUAUCAGAAGCUAUUCCGGCGUUGGAAGCGGCCAUUGAGGCGUUGAACACUUUGAAACCGGCCGAUAUCACCGUGGUGAAGUCAAUGAAAAAUCCACCGUCCGGUGUUAAACUCGUUAUGGAAGCCAUAUGCGUUAUGAAGCAAGUUAAACCGGAAAGAAGACCGGAUCCUUCUUCGGGAAAAAUGGUAGAAGAUUUUUGGGCUUCGUCGGUGAAAAUAUUGGGAGACAUGAAGUUUUUGGAGAAUUUAAAAUCUUACGAUAAAGAUAACAUACCGCCUGCUGUCAUGAAAAGAAUCAGAGAAAGAUACAUGACAGAUAGAGAAUUCGAUCCGGAACGUAUCAAGACCAUAUCAACGGCUUGCGAAGGUCUUUGCAAAUGGGUUAGAGCCAUGGAGGUAUACGAUCGAGUUAUAAAAAUAGUUGCUCCGAAGAAAGCCAGAUUGGCGGAAGCGGAAGCCGAGCUCGCCCUUCAAAUGGACACUUUGAAUGCCAAAAGAGCGCAACUGAAAGAGGUAGCGGAUAAGCUUCAGGCUCUCAACGAUGAAUUCGCUGCCGAAACGAAAAAGAAGAAAGAUUUGGAAGAUCAAAUAUUCAUAUGCGCCCAAAAAUUGGACAGAGCCGAAAAACUAAUCGGAGGACUCGGAGGAGAGAAAGCGAGAUGGUCGGCGACGGCAAAACAAUGCGAGGCUUUAUUGGGCAACGUUAUAGGCGACGUUCUUCUAUCGUCCGGAGCUAUUGCCUAUUUGGGACCGUUUACCGUUAGCUACAGGAUAGAUAUAUUGAAAGGAUGGAAUAAAUUCGCUUUGGAAUCCGGUAUCCCAUGUUCUGACAAUUUUUCCUUAGUUGUAACUAUGGGAGAACCCGUAAUAAUCCGAGCAUGGAACAUCGCUGGUCUACCAGUUGAUAAUUACAGUAUUGAAAAUGGUAUAAUAGCUACAAAUGCUAGAAGAUGGCCGUUGAUGAUCGAUCCCCAGGGGCAAGCGAAUAAAUGGGUUAAAAAUAUGGAAAAGGGUAAUCGAUUGCAAGUAAUCAAAUUAACAGAUGGAAAUUACAUAAGGGUCGUCGAGAACGCCAUAACAUUCGGUACCCCCGUUCUUUUGGAAAACAUCAACGAAGAUAUAGACGCGAUUUUGGAUCCUGUUUUGGUAAAAACGAUUUUCAAAAGUCAGGGCGUGUGGUAUUUGAAAUUGGGCGAUAACGUCCUGGAAUAUUCCUUCGAUUUCCGUUUAUAUAUAACCACGCGUUUGAGAAAUCCCCAUUAUCUACCGGAAAUUGCAGUUAAAGUGACCAUGGUGAAUUUUAUGAUUACGCCCCAAGGGUUGCAAGAUCAACUAUUGGGUAUAGUGGUGGCUAGGGAGAAGCCCGAAUUGGAAGAGAAGAAGAACUUGAUGAUUGUGGAAAGCGCUAAUAAUAAGAAAAUGUUGAAGGAAAUCGAAGACAAGAUUUUAGAGGUACUAUCAACAUCUGAAGGUAACAUUUUGGAGGACGAAACUGCCAUAAAAAUAUUAUCUAGCAGUAAGGUACUUUCGGAAGAGAUACAAGAAAAACAAAAACAAGCUGCCGUUACCGAAAAAGAAAUUGAUACCGCCCGUAACGGUUACGUACCCGUUUCCAAACAUUCUUCCGUGUUAUUUUUCUGUAUAUCGGAUCUGACCAAUAUCGAUCCGAUGUAUCAAUAUUCUUUGGGAUGGUUCAUAAAUCUCUACGUUCAAUCGAUAAUCAUGAGUAAAAAAUCGAACGUACUAGAAGAACGUUUGGCGUAUUUGAACGAUUAUUUCACGAACAGUAUUUACAGAAACGUGUGCAGGUCUCUUUUUGAAAAGGACAAAUUAUUAUUUUCCAUGGUUUUGGCCGUGGGAAUACUGAGAUCGCAUGGAAAAAUAAAUGAGGAUGUUUGGAACUUUUUCUUAACUGGCGGCGUUGCUUUGGAUAAUCCAUACCCCAAUCCCUCUCCCGAUUGGCUAUCAGAUAAAUCUUGGUCGGAAAUAGUCAGAGCCAGCAAUUUAGAAGGGUUGAAGGGUUUCAUGGAAUCUGUGAAAAGGAACAAUUCGGCUUGGAGAAAAUUCUACGAUACCUCGAAUCCUAACGAAAUUCCUUGUCCUCCACCUUUUGAGAAUACCCGCAGUUUACAAAGAUUGAUUCUGAUCCGUGCCAUUCGACCCGACAAAGUAGUACCGGCAGUACAGACCUACGUCGUCGAAGAGAUGGGACCGUCAUAUUUAGAACCGCCACAAUUCAAUCUAGAAGAAUCUUACAAUGACAGUAAUUGUUGUUCGCCAUUAAUAUUCAUACUGUCACCAGGAUCGGAUCCGAUGGCCGGUCUAGUGAGAUACGCAGCCGACAAAGGAAUCAAAAAAACGGCAUUGAUGACAGUAUCUUUAGGACAGGGACAGGGUCCGAUAGCCUCGAAUAUGAUAGCAACCGGAUUGGAAACUGGUCAAUGGGUGGUGCUGCAAAAUUGUCAUUUGGCAGAGAGUUGGAUGAGAGAAUUGGAUAGAAUUUGCGACGAAGUUAUCGUACCCGAAAAUACACAUACCAAUUUCCGGUUGUGGUUGACGAGUUAUCCUAGUAAAGCGUUUCCUGUGGCCAUAUUACAAAACGGUGUGAAAAUGACCAACGAGGCCCCGAAAGGUCUACGACAAAAUCUUCUGAGAUCCUAUUCUUCGGAUCCCAUAUCCGAUAACGAAUUUUUCAAUUUGUGCACUAAUCAGAAAGCUUUUCGUCCUUUGCUGUUUUCCCUCUGUUUUUUCCACGCCAUUGUUCAGGAACGGAGGAAAUUCGGACCAUUAGGAUGGAAUAUUCCAUACGAAUUCAACGAGUCUGAUCUCAGGAUAUGCAUUCUACAGUUGCAGAUGUUUCUUAGUGAAUACACCGACGUUCCGUACGAAGCACUAACUUACCUCACUGGAGAAUGUAAUUAUGGUGGUCGUGUUACGGAUGACAAAGACAGAAGAUUGUUAAAUUCUCUUCUAUCUACAUUUUACACCCCAGAAGUUGUAACAGAACCAGGGUACUUUUUUUCACCGAGCGGAGUGUACUUUAUACCGACGAAUACUAAUUGGGAGGGAUGUUUGGAAUACAUCAGAUCUUUACCGAUCAAUGCCCAACCGGAAGUUUUUGGACUCCAUGAAAACGCCGAUAUCACUAAAGAUAACCAAGAAACGUCACUGUUGUUGCACGGAAUUCUUUUGACGCAAACGAUGAUAACGGCCGGAGGUGGUGGGGAUGAUUCUCAAACGAUGGUCAUAGAUCUCGCCAACGAUAUCUUGAGUAAAAUACCGGGAGUUUUCGAUAUUGAAUAUGUCGACGAAAAAUACCCCGUUAUGUAUACCAACUCGAUGAACACAGUAUUGAAACAAGAAUUGAUUCGAUUCAAUAGAUUGAUAGUCGUGGUAAAAAAAUCCCUCGUAGAUAUGAUAAAAGCGGUCAAAGGACUCGUGGUGAUGUCCAGAGAAUUGGAACAAACUUGCGAGGCUCUAGUCGUGGGGAAAGUACCGGAUUGUUGGGCCGGUAAAAGUUACCCCAGUUUGAAGCCGUUAGGAUCGUACGUUAACGAUUUAAUCGCCAGACUCAAAGUGUUUCAAGAUUGGAUAGAUUUCGGGGAGCCUAAAGUUUACUGGUUAUCCGGUUUUUUCUUUACUCAAUCUUUUCUAACGGGAGUUUUACAAAAUUUCGCAAGGAAACGGAAGUUACCGAUCGAUUGGAUACAUUUCGAAUAUUACGUUACCGAAUACGAACCGGAUAAUUCGAAUGUGACGUGUCCUCUGGGCGUGUAUUGUAAGGGAUUGUUUCUGGAAGGAGCGAGAUGGGACAGGAGAUUGCGAAGACUGAACGAAUCUUUCCCGAAAGUUCUUUUCGAUACGAUACCUAUUAUGUGGAUGAAACCGGCGGAAAUAUCGAAAUUUGUACCGUCACAAUGUUACCAAUGUCCCGUUUAUAAGACGAGCGCCAGACGAGGCGUUCUAUCUACUACAGGACAUUCCACGAAUUUCGUUAUAUUCAUCACGCUUAAUUCCAAUUUGCCCGAAAAACAUUGGAUAAAUCGUGGAGUUGCGUCGCUGUGUCAACUCGACGACUGA